UUGACAGUUGUUUGACGCUUAUCAGCUGAUCGGGGGCGUUUGGUUCGCUGUUUACUUCUGAUAACGCUUAAAAAUAGCGAAAUUAUCAAUGACGAGGGACUGUUUUAGUGCGAUUCCGGUUAAUUAUGCCCGAAUACACCGUAAAGCACCAGCAGUUGUUGUUUGACUUGAAAAAUACGGUUGAAAGUUUGUUGGUGACGCAAGUCGCGAAUGUUUGGUCUAUUUAUGGCGGCCUCAGCAGGCUGCACAAUUCACUGGAAAAAAUAUUUAAACACGGGGUCAAGAGUCAAGAAGAAGACGGUGAUUAUCUGAACUUCAUCCAAGGUUUGGAAUGGUUGCAGCCUGAGCACUCAAAGUCCUAUUUUUCUGUUGACUGUGAGUAUGAGUCCUACAUCCCUCACCAUUUAAAGAACGAUAAAUCUUCAAUUUGGCUUUAUCGAAGCAUUGAAAACCACUCACUAUCUCAGAAGUUAUCAUGGUUAUUGAGUGACAAAACGCAUUUGUUGGCUUGCUAUCAGUCCUACGCGUUUUUGUGUCAAGAUAGUUAUGCUGAAGCUACGAUUGUUUGUUUGAGAGCCAUUGAACACAACCAGGUUAGUCUGAUAUCUGAGAUUAACCCCAAUUUGUUUGUGAUAAAAAGCCCUGGUAGAGAAUACCAUAAAGUACACCGAAGGUGCUCUUCAUUCCCAGAUAAUCACUCAAAAAUCAUUUGGGAUAACAAAAAGAGGAGUAAAUCGUUUGAUUUUAACAAGUCAAACAAGAAAGUUAUUAAGGAAAGUGUACUAGGUAAAUUAAAACCUUGGAAUAGCUUACCGUUGUUAAUUAACGAUAAUAUUAAAUUAAAAGAUUUAUACCGAGUGAAUUCAGUGAGUAAAACCACCCCUUCCACCCCAGUGCAUACCAAAAAAAUAUCCCCAAGUAUGAUUAAAGUGGAUUACAGUAUAUUACAAGCUAAAGCUAAGAAACCUAUUAAACGACCCUUAAAAAAAAUAAAACACGUAUUAAUUAACAACCAAGACAUAAUUGAGCAUAAACAGACUCUCAGCAGCUCUCAAAGCAGCGGCAAUGUCGACAUAACUUUGAAAGAAAAGAGUCCGGUGCAUUUGGCAACGUCGCCGCUUAGCAUAGUCGACGGUUUUCUACCGUUGGCCGGCGAAAAAGACUACCGCAAGAAACCAAAAAAAUCGUUCAUCGAAGACGGCGGGAUGAGCGUGCUGCCAAUGGCGACGGGGUUCUUUCCUAGGCCCACUAAGGGGCAAACUUUAACCUCGUUCCUGACGUCGAGUCAGUUCAGCAGGGCCAACGCCGAAUUGGACAGGGAAAAUGCGCACUUCAAGAUCUCUGAGGCGAUCAUCUCCGCCAUGGAGCAGAUUAAGUGCAAGAAAGACUUAAAAUUGGUGGACGAGAACGAGAUGGAUGACAGCGAUCCGGAGAUUUUCGAUUUGAAGCAGAGGAUCCGGCUGAGGAGGCGGCAGAAGAUGGUGGAGAAGUCGCGGUUUGUUCCCGGGUCCGUUUUGAGCGAUGGCAGGACUGACACUACGACAAGCGUAAGCCCGAACUCUACUACUCCCGACUCUCUAUCCGAUUACUCGAGUUCCGACGACGUGGAUGACUACGAAAUCGACCAGGCCUCGAACCUGAUCGAGAACAGCGGACUGUCGAUGUCCAUGGCCUCCCUCUAUUCCGAGGCCGAUCUGUCGAAACGACCGCGCGGCGCGCCCGACGGCGCCUCGGACGUCCUGUCGGCAGAGGGAGUCGCGCUGUCCUUGAUCAGCAAGUUCAGCGCCAAGCAGUUACCAAGAGCCUCUGAGCUAGAAUGGCUAGUUUCGGAGCAAGACGCACCCCAAGCUCUCUUACCAAUGCCAAAAAGUUGGCCCAUAAGCCCCGACGACGGUCCGCAGUCCAGCAGCACCACACCUUUAAGGGGCACGCAGGAAUGGGCCCCCCCUAGACCGCAAAUAAUAUUCACCAAACAUACUGCUCCAUCGAGGAAGGAUUUGAUGCACAAGCAAAAUUACCGAUGUGCAGGGUGUAGCAUGAAGGUGGCACCGCAGUACGCAUCGCGUUUCCGGUAUUGCGAUUAUUUGGGGCGGUAUUUUUGUACUCAGUGUCACACUAAUCAGCUCGCUUUGAUUCCCGGCAGGAUUUUGCAAAAGUGGGACUUUACAAGGUAUCCCGUUUCCACAUUUUCCUACAGACUCUUAGAGCAGAUGUUCGCCGACCCCUUAUUCCGAAUUUUCGAAUUAAACAAAAAUAUUUUGAAGCUUUCAAAGAAUCUCCAGAUAUGUAGGAAGUUAAGACUAGGACUAUUUUACUUAAAAGAUUUCGUAUUUACCUGUAAAUAUGCAGAAACUAUUCAAGAACGAUUUGAACAGGAAUUAAAAUUUUAUUUGUUAAAUGAUCCCGAAGUUUACUCAAUAGAGGACUUGGUUCAUAUUAAAAGUGGAGAGUUGAAAAAUAAAUUAAAAUUGUUAGUUGAGUUGUGCUGUAGACACACUUCAGAGUGCAAGAUUUGUACUGCCAGAGGUUUUAUAUGCGAAAUUUGCAACUCUGAGGAGAUAAUUUUCCCCUGGCAAAUGCGUAUAGUGCGAAGGUGCAGCAAAUGUGGUAGUUGUUACCAUUCAAAGUGUUGGAAGGCUGAAGUCGAUUGUUUAAAAUGUGAAAGAAUCACAAAGAGAAAACAAAGCUUAGAUUCCAGAAGUUAGAUUUAAGAUUUUUUUUAAAGAUAUUUUUAUAGAUUUUAUAUAGAGAACUGUUGUUAUACUCAUAUUUAUUUUUAUUAAUAUAAGAAGUUGUACACCA